UUUUUUUUUUUUUUUUAUUUUUUUUUUUUUUUUUAUCGUCUUUCUUUCUUUAUCUUCAUCGUCUAAUUGAAUCUUCUUUUCUUCCCCUACUACUCACUGCCUCUAAAUUGAAUGGCUAUACCUCCGUCGUCUCCACCAUGUCUCAGAUCUCUAUCGCCAUUCCCUCCACUCUUUCCUCGCCAAAGUAGCUUUCUUGUUCCUCGCAAACAGUCUCUAGCCUUUCGUAGCUUCCGAAGGCAUGAGGUGCUGAGGCCGAGCGCGCUCAGGGAAUGGCGGGAAUACGAAGAUGCUGUGAAGAGAAAGGAUCUUGCCGGGGCACUUAGAUUCCUCAAAUCUAUCGAAUACGAUCAACAGCGUGAUGCGAUUGCCGCCCCGAUGACGACCGCUAAGUUAAGCGGUUUGGGAGCCCUUGAAUUGGAGAGGGAUUGGCAGGUUUUAGAUGCGUGUUUGAAUGCAGAUGAUAUGAGACUUGUUCGAAGUGCAUUUAGGUUUCUCAAGGAGAGAGGUCUUUUGGCCAACUUCGGCAAAUUCAGCUCUAUUGUUUUGGAGGGAACAAGAGAGGUUACACCUACUGUUCUCAAGUCUGCAACUGGCUUGGAAGUUACUAAACUUUCACCAAAAAAGUGGGGACUUUCUGGUGGUUCAAGCAUUGCUUUGGCUGCUUUUCUGGGUGGAGUCUCCUAUCUUCUUUCUCAGGAGAUUGAUGUGCGGCCAAACCUUGCUGUCAUUUUGGGUCUAGCUUAUAUGGAUUCCGUUUUUCUUGGUGGUACCUGUUUAGCCCAGAUAUCAUGCUACUGGCCUCCACAUAAGCGUAGAAUCAUAGUUCAUGAAGCGGGUCAUCUUCUUAUUGCUUACCUCAUGGGCUGUCCAAUCCGUGGUGUGAUAUUGGAUCCGAUUGUUGCAAUGCAAAUGGGGGUUCAAGGCCAUGCUGGAACCCAAUUCUGGGAUCAAAAGAUGGAGGGUGAGAUUGCUGAGGGACGACUUAGCGGUAGCUCAUUUGAUAGGUAUAGCAUGGUACUUUUUGCUGGUAUUGCAGCUGAAGCACUAGUUUAUGGUGAGGCUGAGGGUGGGGAGAAUGAUGAAAAUCUGUUUAGGAGCAUCUCACUCCUUCUGGAACCACCGUUGUCCAUGGCUCAGAUGUCAAAUCAAGCCAGGUGGUCUGUUCUACAGUCUUACAAUCUGCUCAAGUGGCACAAGGCGGCACAUAGAGCCGCUGUUGAAGCGCUCCAAGUGGGAAGUCCUCUUAGCAUUGUGAUUAGAAGGAUUGAGGAAGCCAUGUCUUCAAGCAGAUGAUCGAAGCACCUGCAUUUUAUGUAAUUCAUUUACUAACAAGGACAGCCGAUAAAAAAAACUCAUAUGGUAUCUAUGGAGCAGAAGCAGAUAAGAUCGAAAUAAACCACCUGACCGCAACUGGAGUGGCAAGGGACUUGUAUCUUUGGAUCCAUGUUCAAGUAAGUUAUGGUUUUAUCCACUAAGUGAUGUGGAGGCGAAAGAGUAGCUCUCUUCCCUUAUUCAUUUGUUUCAAGGAUUAAGGGAAUAGGAGCCAUGCUUUUAAUAGCUUAAAAGAAAAUAAUUGUAAAGUUUCAAUCACAUGAAAGCUGUAUAGUUGAAUUCCUGUGAAGUAAGUUUUGGUAUUACAAGUAAUGACUCUCUAGUACUCUUGUUAUUAUUUAAUGUUGAUGAGAUGAGAAAUUGCAUUGA